AUGGAUAUGAUCAAAACAAUCUGUUGCUGUGGUGGUGAGGACAAUGACGGUUUGCCGUACGAGCGCUUCUAUGACGACUCCAGUGUGACUCCAGUCAGACGAGACGACGGGCGACUCAAUGGUCGCGGAGUCGAUGAGGUGGACAGUGUUGGUUGGGAUGCUUCACGUAAGGCUGUAAAAAGCAAAGAGGAACAGGAAGAAGAAGCUUUGAAUCGAAUCCUUGAAAACACUCAGCACGCGCGCGCUCAGUUUUACGAAGAAGCCAUUCGUACGCAUGAUCAAAACGUGAGCCGAGGUGCUAACUCAUCAACUAGUCCAAGUCGUCCCGUGAAACGUCUUCUGGAGGAUUGUGGAAAUAGAGCUGUUGACUGGCUCACGAGACCUGCACCUUCACAUGAGUCCUUAGAGGAGAUACGGCGCUGGACGGCAGAGAUGAAUGAGGCUGUGACGAAAGGAAUACAAGUGCAACAUAAAACAGAUAUUGUGGUUUAUAUGGACCUUUAA